UCUAGCCUAACCCGUCAGUGAUAUUUUUAUUUGACGUCUGUCACAUGGUGAUAUCCUCUGUGUUACAGCAACUCAAAAUUUUAGGCAGAUGCGUAAAUAACAAAAUUUUCGCCAUUCAAAUAAUGCCCAAGAGGCCUUCCCACUAUCAAAUUCCGCUAAAGAAGAAAAUAAAACUAAAUCAUCGUUCGGUGAAAAUGCCUAAACCCAUAGGCAUCACAGAACCUCCAAAUCCUCUCCUUGAUGACAAGUCUCGGGAUGAUAAUUGUGCGUCCAAGAUAAAACCUAAUAAAUCUGAUGGGUGCGAAAAAAUGGGGGAAAAAAGGCUGGUUACGGUUGAAUAUCUGGACACACCAGUCAAGUCAGAAAUUGACAAAAAAGAGUAUAGAGUUAUCAGAUUGCCAAAUGGUUUGACAGCUCUCUUGAUAUCGGACGUUUCAUCUAUUUCUGGUGCUCAAAUCGAUGAUGAUGACGAUGACGAUGAAUAUACUGACGAGGAAGAAAAUGGUUCAGAAGAUGACGAAACAGAAUCGGAUGAAGUGGAGGAUGAACAAGAUGCCAAUGACUUGAGUGAUGGGGAUAUCGAUUGCCCAGAAAGUAAACGUCCAAGGAAAGAAGAGAAAAUGGCAGCUUGUGGCUUGUGUGUGGGAGUUGGCAGUUUCAGUGACCCCCCUGAAAUACCGGGUAUGGCACAUUUUUUAGAGCACAUGGUGUUUAUGGGUUCAGAAAAAUAUCCCAAGGAAAAUGAGUUUGAUUCGUAUAUCACCAAACGUGGUGGUUCUGACAAUGCCUCAACUGAGUGUGAGCAAACAACAUUUUAUUUUGAAAUUCAGGAGAAGCAUCUAUAUCCUGCCCUUGACCGCUUUGCGCAAGUUUUCAUUAGUCCACUCAUGAAGAGAGAGGCUAUCUCCCGUGAACGUGAAGCUAUCGAGAGUGAAUUCCAAAUGUCACUUCCAUCCGACUUUUAUCGAAAAGAGCAACUAUUCUGUAGUUUGGCCCAACCCGGUCAUCCAGCAACUAAAUUUUGUUGGGGGAACCUUGUCACCUUACGGGAUAAUGUUACCGAUGAAAAACUUUACGAGGAACUACAUAAAUUUCGUCGGCGACAUUACAGUGCGCACAGAAUGACUUUAGCAAUACAAGCUAGGCUUCCUUUGGAUACGCUAGAACAAUACGUGAUAGAGUGUUUUGCAAAUGUGCCAAACAAUGGCUUACCGCCUGACGAUUUUACUAAAUUUAAAGGCGUACAGACUUUUGACACUCCAAAUUUUAAGAAAAUCUACAAAAUAAAACCUGUUAAAGACGUCUGUCAGAUAGAGCUGACUUGGACAAUGCCGUCUUUGCUUCACUUGUACAAAUGCAAGCCACAUCAAUAUGUUUCAUGGAUUAUAGGUCACGAAGGCAAAGGUUCUUUGAUCAGUUAUUUACGUAAGAAAAUGUGGUGCCUGGACAUUUUCAGUGGCAAUGGAGAAAGCGGAUUUGAGCAUAGCUCCAUGUACGCCUUAUUUAGUUUGACAUUGGUGCUGACUGAAGAAGGACACAAGAAUUUAAAAGGAGUCUUGGAUGCUAUAUUUUCAUACAUAGCUUUGAUGCGUGAGUCUGGCCCACAGAAACGAAUAUAUGAUGAAAUUCAUCGAACUGAAGAAACUAGUUUCAGGUUCAUCGAUGAGGCAGAAGCUUCAGAUUAUGUCGAAAAUUUAUCAGAAAAUAUGCAUCACUAUGCUCCCAGUGAUUACAUAACCGGUAGUGAAUUGUAUUUUGAGUAUAAUCCAACUGAGAUAAAAACUUGCAUGGAUGCCCUGACUCCGGACAAAGUCAAUAUAAUUAUCUUCGAUAAGAAGUUCAAUGAUGCGGAAUUCGACAAAGUGGAACCGUGGUUUAACACCAAAUACACGGAUAUGAAAAUCCCAAAGGAUUGGGUCGAGCAUUGGAACGUCAUCAAGCCUUUACCUGAUUUUCAUUUGCCUGAGCCAAACAUAUUUAUUACAGAUGAUUUUAGCUUAAUUCCUUUACCAGAAAAUGUGCCUGAUUACCCAACUAAAAUACACAGUGACGAUAUGUCUGAAGUCUGGUUUCGUCCUGAUCCAAAAUUCAGAAUUCCAGAGUGUUAUAUGUAUUAUUAUUUCAUAUCGCCAUUAGCUUUGACAUCUCCGGAAGAUGCAGCAUUAAUGGACUUGUUUGUCUCAAUACUGAAGCAGCUGCUUGUCGAGGAAUUGUAUCCUGCUAAUGCUGCUGAACUUAGUUAUCAAAUAUACACGGGUGAUAAAGGCAUCAUUGUCAAAGUGAAUGGAUUUAAUCAGAAAUUACCGCUUCUUUUUUCAACGAUAACAAAGUAUAUGGCUAACUGUUCAAAUCUUGUGUCGAAAAAUCUGUUCGACGUCAUGAAAGCUGAACAAUUAAAGGCUUAUUACAAUACAUUUGUAAAACCAGGAAAGCUCGUUAAAGACGUGAGACUUUCCAUAUUAAUGCUUGUACACUGGGCAGCGGUUGACAAGCACGCUGCAAUGCGUAACAUCAAAUUUAGUCAGUUUCAAGCAUUUGCCGAGGAUUUUGUUAAUCACGUUUAUGUGCAAUGCCUCGUACAAGGAAACAUUACAGAAAAGGACGUUAUAAAAAAUGCGAAAAACUGUAUAGACAUUUUGAAAUGUAGCGCAUUAUUGCCAGACACUCAACCACAACUCAAAGUGAACCAAAUACCACUUGGGAUACGCUGUUGUCGGGUAAAAAAUUUCAAUACCUCUGAUACUAACUCUGUAAUUACAAAUUACUAUCAAUCUGGCACUGGGUCAACGAAAAUCACAGUUAUUAUUGAACUAUUGAUGAUGUUGAUGGAUGAGCCUGUUUUCAAUCAGCUUAGAACGCAAGAACAAUUGGGGUACAAUGUGUUUUGUCUUAUGCGAGAUACUUUUGGUAUACUCGGAUAUUCUGUAACCGUAUUUACUCAAGCUGAUAAAUUCACCACAGAGCAUGUGGAUGAAAGAAUAGAGAUCUUUUUGAAAUCAUUUUUGAAAGUCGUGAAAAAAAUGUCAGAGAAAGAGUUCAACAGCAUUAAAGAUGCCUUAGUAAGACUAAAACGGUGUGUAGACCUCCACCUCAAAGAAGAGGUCAAUAGAAAUUGGUCUGAGAUUGUCAACGGGGAGUAUAUGUUUGAUAGAGAGAUUAGAGAAGUCAAUGCUAUCAAUGAAAUGAAACUCGUGGAUUUAAAAAAGUGGAUGGAGAAGCAUGUUGUGGGUGGAUCUAAUCUUAGAAAGCUGAGUGUUCAAAUUGUUGGAACAUCAAGAAAAAAAACGGAAAUUGAUAACGACUCUAGUGAACAAAAUGGGUCCCUACAAAAUUCGACCGAUGAGUGUACACGGCCAAACGAAACGUACGCAAAGCUAAUCAUCGAAUCUAGUGAUCCGUCCAUGGAGUACAACAAUGAUGUUGAAUUCCCGCUAAAAUACAUAAUGAACAUGCCGAACGAAAAAAAGAUAAAACCACCGGAGUACUACGUAACAGAUGUGAAGACGUAUAAAAAAAACCUUCUCGUUUUUCCAGCCCGUGAAAACACCGUCACAAAAUAAUAAUUAAGUCUACGCAACUGUUGAAUUUGUAUGAACAUUGAAGGAUUCUAAAUUGGAUUUAUAAUCGUUAAUAAACAUGAAUUCAUACCGCAAUCUGAGUUCAGUAACGUGUUGCCUUGUUCAGAUAGUUCUGCAUUUUACAAAGAAGUCAAUAAUAUCAAUUGUAGUAUUAUUUGUAGGAAAAUUCUUAUUCUGUAAUAAAUGCGUUACAUAUUACACACAA